GAGGCAUGAUCGUCAAAAAAACAUUAUUUUAAUUUGUGUCUUUUUUGUGGUUUAGUUUGUGUUGGUCAGUCCAAGACUUUUCGAAAAAGCAAGAAUAUGAAAAAGAGCUAAAUCGAUUAUAAAUGUAUAAAUGCUAAGAAUUUUGCGAUCAUUUUCGUUGUGUGUGCAGCAGAAGGAGCAAGGUAGAUGGUUAAUGGUGGAUUGUAGCGACGAGCUGCAGGAUUCAUUUAUGAAUUGCAAUUUAAUCUGCGCUCAUCGAAUGGCACUGUAAAUAGUUGAUGAAGAUUGUGCCGAGCGCACCGAUGAAACGACACAAAACAAUACUUAUAGGCAUUUCUAGCGGUAAUUAAACGUAACCUUAUUUUAGUUUCGUUAUAUUUUGUACAUGAUAUCCUUGUUCGUCCGCGCGACAACCAAACUCGCAAGACACACAACCAUAAGUCACACAAGUCUUCCUCCGCAAAAGAGUAAACACACCCAAGCUAGGAGCAACAGGUCAGACAACCGGCGCAGUCGCUCAUACCCACAUGGGAUGGGCACACGCUGCUGGGUUGGUAAGCCUUUGAUAGCCGAUGCUGUGUGCCGUUAAACCAAACGAAUACUUUUUGUUUUGUUUUUCGAUUGGAUUUUAGUUUGUUAACUUUUUUUUGCAAACAAGAAAAAGAAUCGACAUAAGAAAUAUUUAAUUAGUGGUGUAAGGGUAAUUCAUUCUCUGUGUGUUGCAGUAGUACAGUUUAAUAUUCCUUCAUUUUAAUCAUUUCUGUCUGUUUUCCUUUGUGUCUUUAUUUGUUAAUUAUUUAUAACGUCGAUUCCCUUUCUGUUAUUAUUUCUCUUUCUUUUGUUUGUGUUGUUGCAAGCGAUCUUCUUUUUGUUCUGUCUGUUUCUUCCUCAUCAUCGCCGUCCCACUUUGCGUUUUAAGUAGCGCAUUCAGAGCAUUUAUCUGUUCUUGUGGGUCUUAUUAUUUUUAAUUUUAUUUUAAAUUCGAGGCUCCAAUGCGAUGCUGUUUAUUAGUUACCAAAAACGAACUGCACUACACACUGUAUGUAUAGAAGUAUGCAAAGAUAUAUAAUUACAAUGGCACAUGAAAACGUGGAUUGAUAGUAUUUCCGUGUCUAGCAGAAGAUCUCACCCCACCUUAGUGUCACGAAGCUUAGAUCCCUUGUAUUCCCAUCCCUUCCCCACUCUCGUCUUAUAAUCUAGAUUUUACUGGUCUUAGUUAAGCUAUACGAGGGACAUGCAUUCGCAGGUUUGUGAGCAAACGAAUCAAAAUUGCGUUGAAACGAAAAGAGAAUAAAUCCCAAAACAUAUGUAUAUGCCUAGAUGAGAAUACACUUUUUAAUGGUUUUUUAGCGGUAAAACGACAGAAACAAGUCUGAUAAGAUAGAAUCAAAGAGCGCGCACUCCAGCACGCCUGGUUGGUUUAGGUGUAGGUUUUUACUGUCAUAAGGAGAUGGAUAGUCGAUAAGGUUCGGCUAGAAAGUAAGCAAAACACCAUAUGGUACGUGUGUUUUUGUAAUUCUUGUCGCUACAGAUCCACCAAUCUAUCUGCGAAUGAUCGGCUACUCACACAGGCAGCACAUACGCAGAUCGUAACUGUUUGGGACUGAAGCAGGACUAAAAUUGGAAAUGGUCAAUCCAAGAAUGAAAGUAAGCCGCAAAUACAGCGCGAAGAAAGAAAGGAAGACACUUUUACUAUUAAAUUUUAUUAUUACCAUCUAUUCCUAUUGUAAGGUCUGUUUUGUUCCAGAAACUGGGAAAACCAAUAGCACGUAAGGUGGAAUUAUAAGAUGCAACUAACGAGAGAGCGAGAGAGUUAGGCCAGCCUAAUUGGGACAAUGUUUAGCAUUGUAAAUUAGAAUGAAUAGUAUUUAUACAAAAUGGAAACGAUACACUGACACAUACACACAUACCUCUAAUCCUUAAUCUCCUGUAUCGAGCAGCAUUACCAGAAGCAAAAGGUUUUUCUUUGUUUGUUUGUGUAUUUUUAUGUAUGUUCUUGCUCUAGUUCAUCUAUGAACUAUCGCCCAAAGUGCGCGCACAGUUAGUCUCACAGAUUGUUGGUUUUAUGUGUUUAUUCAAUUCAACCGGGAACGAUGCAACGACCAAUUGAGGCGAAUUCUGGCGGUUCAUAAGUGCAACACAAAUGUUUCGUUGCCGUAGUGCAACAGUUGCAUAAACUGUCUCACGAAGCGUUUUCAGCUAUCCUGCUAGUGUAUUUUAUUGAUUGUCUGUUUCCUUCAACUGAAAGACAAGAGUGUCUGUUGCCGUCUCACCAUGCAAUUUGCAACCUAUUCUAGUUUGUUCGAGUAACAGUUUCAUUUACUUUCGUGCACCAUCAUAUGUUUAGAGACUUGUUUUUGUAAUAUAAACCACAUCUAGCGUAUGGCACCGUAUAGAAACAAUAGAAGAGUGUCACAAUUGACACUCUUUCUCUCUAUCACUAGAACAUUUCCGUCGAUGGCUUUGUAGGGCAUCGAUGUGCACAAUCGACAAUGCUUAAACGCACUCACUCACUCACUGACACAAACACGAACCCCGAUAGCUAGUGCAAUUUUAAUGGUAUAAGUAGUAUUCCGGUUGAGGUGGCAAAGGGAAACAGAAAAACACCGCCACGGCGACUGUAACUGCGCCAAGGGUGCAAUUUUAUUCCGGGCCGUGAUGGGUUCUCGAUUGUGUAGUAAAGGAAAUGCGUUUAUGAAACAGAGAGAAGAUGAGAGAAUGAUCGUUCAUCGAAAGAUUGCCGUGAUCCAGCAUUGCCUGCAAACGAAAAGCAUUUAUUCAUUAUAGCUCGUUACAAUUGGUCUUUGUACAAUUGGUUGGACGCCAACAACCACCUAUUCAACUCCGUUCCUGGCCUGCAGGAUACUGAUGGCUGAUAUAGCCAUUGCUAAGGGAAAGAAAGCGUACGUGUUGCAAACAACAAAGUGUGAAGUGUGUCUAUGAAUUACAAGACAUGAAACAGGAUAAAUCAAAGCACUAACUAGGGAAGAGCCCCCACAUUUGUUAAUACUGAUGAGGAGCAGUCGAAAAUGAAUUAUUAACUAGCGAGUAUAGUAGGAUAAAUACACAAAGAAAAGAAUCACCAAAAGAAACUAAAUAAAUAACACAAUUGUACGCACAGACUUAUUAAACCUAUUCUUCGAUGUAUAUGUUUUCAAUUGUUUUUUUUUUUCACUAUUGCCGUUGUUUCUCUCCACCAUUUUUAUUGCUACAUUUACUGCUUCCGAACUGAGUUCAUUGAAAAGUGCGUGGUCUGUAGGGCCAGAAGUGCUCUACCUUGCUUACGGUUGCAAAAGCAAAAGAGAGUUGUUAGUACUUGCGCAAUUAGAGACGAUAGUAUGCCGCAAAUACGUUAGAAAUAUGAUUUUAACUAUCUUUUUGCUAAUGUAAACAACAUGUAUUUCUAAUUCCGGUGAUCCUAGUGCGAACCAAAAACGGCGCACAGCGGGAACAACGGUCAUUUAUAUUUAAAGACGAUAGAGGUGCACUAACUGUGAAUAUUGGAAUUGAACACAAUAAAUAAAAUGAAAAUUGUUUCAAAAUUA